AUGUUGUUGUGGCGUCGUCGACAGUCAUUCAUUAUUAGAACUCGUGUGCUGGCGUGCUUGUUUGGACCUGAGGCUGGCGGUCAGAGAUCAUCGGCAUCGACUAGUAAUAGUACUGGCAGCCAAAUAAAACAUAAUAAACAUCAAUGUCAAAGGGAGACCACCAAACCAAGGUUGCCUAUCGGUCAUCAGACUAACAACAAAAGCGGUGGCGGUAAAAUGUUGCAGUCUUUCGAGGAAUAUGUGUUCCAAACACAUGACAAAAAAUUCAUUUCACCUGGCAGUAGCAUGGAUUUAGAUAAGAAAACAACAACAAGGCACUUAAUAACAACAAAUGGUGUGUGCGGUAAAACAAAUGAUGAUAGCAAUGGUAAACUAUUGUUGACUUUGAACGAUCAUCAUGGGGGCAGUAAAAAUGCUGCAGAAGAGACCACCACACAGCAGCAGCAGGAACAUCAUGAUGUUAAUUUGGAUUAUGAGGAAGCUGUCAAAGCUUUGAAUCUCCUGCAAUCGAAUGCCGAGGCAUUGCGCUCAUCAUUGCAUCAACGUCGUCGUUUAAAUUCUUUACAAGAAACGGAAAAAUAUCUGCUGCGUAGUGGUUUGACAUUGGACGAUUUGAAGGCCUUAUCGAUUAUACAUGUGGCGGGAACCAAGGGAAAGGGUUCAACCUGUGCCCUGGCCGAUUCCAUACUACGUCAUUAUGGUGUCAAAACUGGAUUUUAUAGUUCUCCACAUUUGGUAUCGCUGACGGAACGCAUACGCAUAAAUGGUCAACCCAUAUCGAAACAAAAAUUUAUCCACUAUUUUUGGCCGGUCUAUAAUCGCCUGAAGGCCCAGCAGGAAAAUGAAACGGAUAUGCCAGCCUAUUUUAAAUUCCUUACCAUUUUGUGUUUCCAUGUCUAUUUGGCCGAAAAGGUAGAUGUGGCCAUUUUGGAAGUGGGCAUUGGUGGGGAGUUGGAUUGUACAAAUAUUGUGCCGCAUAGCAAAACUGUGGGCAUCACUUCGCUGGGUUUGGAGCAUACAAAUUUAUUGGGUAAUACCCUUAAGGAAAUUGCCUGGCAAAAGGCUGGUAUUAUAAAGCCGAAUUGUCAGGUUUAUACCUCCGUACGACAGCCAGAAUGUUUGGAAGUUAUUAAGACAAGGGCAUCGGAGAAAAAUGCCACCUUGCAUAUUGUACCGGAAUUUGAAGAGUAUUUUGGAGAAGACCAUCAACAAUUGAAAAAUAGAUUUAAUAAUAUUACCCUGCUAAAUGGUUCCUUGGCUCUGCAAUUGGCCUAUGAUUGGUUAAGGCAAAAUCGUAAUGGUUUCUAUAAACAUUAUGCGGUAAAUAAGGCAAUUCUAAGUCCUGAGGCCUUGGAGGGUUUGGUGAAUUGUGUGUGGCCAGGCCGUUGUCAGGUGGUGGAGUUCUAUAAUUACAGCAUGCACUUGGAUGGUGCCCACACUGUGGAAAGUAUGCAAGUUUGUGGCAAUUGGUUUGCCCACACCACACGCAACAGCCGCAAACCGAAAAUUUUACUGUUCAACACCACCGGUGAACGUGAUUCGAAAAAUCUCCUCAGCAUUUUACACAACUACAGUCAUUUCGAUAUGUUAUGUUUUGUACCGAAUAUUGCAACGACGGCACAAAAUCAAGAUACCAAAUCGGUUUUACAUUCGCAUGUCGAACAAUUGAAACGGACACAAAUACACCUGAACAGUUGGCGGGAACUUUGCCAGGAAUCAGAAACCGAAAGGAAUGGUCAACAUCAAGCGAAAACAUAUACCACCGUAAUGUCAUGUUUUGAAGAUAUACGAACGAUUUAUGGCACACAAAAAUUGGAUAUUUUAGUUACCGGUUCCAUACAUUUAUUGGGUGCAGUUAUUUUAACCUUAAAUCAGUUAAGUGGGGAGUUGGGGGCAUUGGAGGGCAAACUUAAUUAG